UGGUGGUUGAAAUUCAGUAUUCGUAUCUGUAUCUUCGUAUCCGUAUCUUCGUAUUCGUAUUCAUAUUCAUUCAGUGUUCAGUUUGAGUAGCGAAUCGGACGUUCUGUGCUGCGUUGACUAAAAUGGACAAAACUCGUCUGUCCCGAUCGAUUUAAUAUUUUAUACUUAAAAUUAAAAAAAAAAAAACACAAAAAAUUAUUUUUUUUAAAUCAGAAAAAAGUGACUUCGUCCGCUUUCCAUUAAACAAAAAAGCAACACUUUUCGGUUGAACCGCCGGGAUAAAUAUCACAAAAUGAUGUUUAAUUUAUAGUAAAAAAAUAUUGUUUUCGUGAUAUUUUGCUGUGGCCGUUAUUUUGCCAAUCCGGUGGUCGGUCUCGAAAAAAAACAAUUAUUGUUCAAUACAAUUGUUGUUCGGGUUGAUAAACAAAUAAAAAAAACGUUAUUUCUGGUCGCGCAAUUGUGGUUUCAGAGGAAUCUUAUUGUGUACUUUAAUUAAUUAUUGGGUAAUUGCCCAAUUUGACACAGUAAAAUGUGCAAUUCAGUGUUAGUGUGAGUGUUUAAACAUGUGUGUAACAAUAAUAAAUAAAGGCCGCAAAUUGGUCAAAUAUGCAAUAAGCCAACAAAACAAAUAAAAAAAAAAAAAAAAAAUCAAAGAAAAAAAGAAAUAAAAAAAAAGAAAUGUUAAAGUUUAAGCCGCAACAACAAAAGAAAAACCUAAAAAAAAUUAUAAAGAUUCGGCAGUUUUUCCAGAUAUUUUUCAUUGAUUUUUCGGCAGCCUGCGGGGGAGCGAGAGAGAAGAGAGGGCGGGCGGGAGAGAGCAGAGAGCGCGGCUUUUGUCUUCUGUUUUGUGUAUGUUUUGGAAAUGGAACGGCGCUCCUUGUUCUCUCUCUCACGUUCUCGAAUGUCCUUUUUGUAUUUUGUUUAUUUCUCUAUUUUCCUGGCCACGUUUUGUGCUCACCAUUCGUUUCGCUGCAUUUCAUUCUCGCGGCGUUUCAAAUUGGCCACACACAAAGCAGAGAGAGAGAGAGACUGGGAAAGAGAGAGCCACCUCGCACUCACUAACCCCCCGCAGAAUGUUUUCUGGCUCUGCCUCAUGUCCCCCAUUCGCAUCUCUCUGCUCGUUAUCCUUUGUCCGCUGCGCGUUGCCAACCAGUCGAAGAGAGAAAUUUCUGUUGUCAUAAUAAAGGAUAUUGUACAAAAUAAAACUAGCACAGAAAUUAUACAUAUAUUUACAAGUUUUUGUUAGUUACAAAACUAUAUACGAUAAGAACGUGGUUUCAGAAAAAAAAAUUUAGUAUUUUGGUUUAAUUUUGUGUAAUUCCAUUCAAUGUUAAUUUAAUUGUACGCAAUAGUUACACGCAAAAACAUUUCUUAAAACGAAAUUGUUCGACAAAUUCUUUUGCAUCUUCAUUGAAUUGAGAAAUCCUUUAAAUCUCUAGCUUUGGAAUUAUCCUUGCGGCUUAAACUUUUUCUUUAUCUUAUACUUUCGGCUUAAACUUUUUCUUGAAAUAAUCCCAUGCUAAUCCAGUGUCCUUCCAUUUACCUUCACAGUUUUUGAAGCAGACACAAAAGUGAAAGAAUAAUAAUUUGUGAAAAGCCAGGAAACCAAGUGAAAAUAUGCACUGAGGGAAAAGCUGAAGACGUGGACGCAUCGCAUCCAUAGCAUACUUACCGCAUAAUAGUCGGCAACGCCAAGAAUUUUGUUCGAUCCGAUAACGGAUUACCGUAAUCGCCGCUGUCGCGUUAAUUCCGACUUCUUCGCCGCUCCGCCCCGCCCCGCCCCGAAUCCGGACUCCCGUUUAUCCGUCUGUCCGCGUGUGUGUGUACUUCCGUUCGCGUUCGUGUGUGUGUGUGUGUUGUUAGUCUGUCUCUCUCUGUACAUAUGUACAAUAUUUGUCGUCGUCGUCGUACAUCGUUGUUGUUGUUGUUGCUGUUAUCUUGCAUUCAUCUGCGCCUAAAGUAAAUAUAAAAAAUUUGUGUUCUUCGGUGUUGUCUCGUGUAAGUGUCUAUAGUUUGUUUAAGUACGACAAGCGAUCGGUGAGAAUAAAAAAGAGAAAAAUUAUCCCAGAAAUUAGCUGUGUGUGUGUGUGUGGUGUAUGCGGGCUAAUCGAUAAUAUCGCUAUCAACAACAACAGACAACAACAUCAAGCAAUCAAUCAACGUCAGCGAAGAACUGAGAGAGAAACCAAUAAAUAAGUUCGUAAUCUUCAGAGGUCACUUCACCUUAUUUUCGUCACCUACGUGGGCAUCGAUCUACAGUGAAUCAAAGGGAAUUCAGCUGAAAACUACCAUCUUUCAGUCUCGGAAGUUAUUUGACAUGCAAUGAUUGAACUUCUACCCCUUGACACAUUUGUUUCUCCAUAAAUAAAAACGUUUAACAUAAUAAAAAGCAAAUCAAACUUUGUUAUAACAAACAAAAUAAAAACUGUAAAAGUUGUUGAACAAAAAAAAAAGUAAAUCAAUAGUUACAAUCCAUUUAAAGAUUCCAGUACAGUAAAUUGAAAUGCAGUAAAUAAAUUACAAAUAGUCUCUAAAACACACACAGAACAACCGAAACCAAAAACCAAAUAAAUAAAAUCAAAACCAUUUAAAUACAAUAAAAUAAGGAGAAAAGCAAACGUUGUAAAUCAACAGAGUAAUACAAUUUAACAAGCAACAAUUUAAGUAAAUUUAUGCAAAAUAGAAAUGUUCGAUUUCCACAACUCAGCAAACCAAAUUACGCACAACAACGGCAGCAACAACACAAGCCACAAUAACAAAAGCUUCUGCAACAAUAACAACAAAAACCACAAAAUGCAUUUAAAAAGUGCAGCGGCAACGUCAACAGUAAAAACAACAAUUCUGAAACAUAAUUUAAGCAAAUUUUAUGGAUACGGUUGGAUGCAAGUCUUCCUACUACUGACAGUCUUCGUGAUUGGUAAUCAAAGUGCCUGGCAGGAGAAUAUUCGACCAAAACUCUACGUUGAAUUAGGUCCCGAAGAUAUAAUGAAGUUUCUGGGCAACGAUAGUGUCGUGGAUCACUUCAAGCUCGUCACCAAGGAUGGCAACAGUCUGCUCAUCGGUGCCAGAAAUACGGUUUUUAAUUUAAGCAUACACGAUCUCACUGAGCAGCAGCGUUUGGUCUGGACGUCGCCGGAGGAUGACACCAAAAUGUGUCUCGUCAAGGGCAAGGAUGAGGAGGCCUGCCAGAACUACAUUCGCAUCAUGGUGGUGCCAUCGCCGGGCCGCCUCUUCGUUUGUGGCACCAACUCCUUCCGGCCCAUGUGCAACACGUACCUCAUCAGCGAGAGCAACUACACCCUGGAGGCCACCAAGAAUGGCCAGGCAGUCUGUCCCUAUGAUCCCCGCCACAACUCCACCUCGGUACUGGCUGACAAUGAACUGUAUUCUGGAACCGUGGCGGACUUCAGCGGCAGCGAUCCGAUUAUUUACAGGGAGCCACUGCAGACCGAGCAGUACGACAGCCUGAGUCUCAACGCGCCCAACUUUGUGAGCUCAUUUACUCAGGGAGAUUUUGUAUAUUUCUUCUUUCGGGAAACCGCUGUGGAGUUUAUCAACUGUGGCAAGGCGAUUUAUUCGCGCGUUGCCCGCGUCUGCAAGUGGGACAAAGGUGGCCCGCAUCGUUUCCGCAACCGCUGGACGUCCUUCCUCAAGUCCCGCCUCAACUGCUCCAUUCCGGGCGAUUAUCCCUUUUACUUUAACGAAAUCCAAUCUGCUAGUAAUCUGGUGGAGGGACAGUAUGGCGCGAUGAGCUCUAAGCUGAUCUACGGAGUCUUCAAUACGCCCACCAACUCCAUUCCUGGCUCGGCGGUUUGUGCAUUUGCCCUGCAGGACAUCGCCGAUACGUUCGAGGGCCAGUUCAAGGAGCAGAGCGGCAUCAACUCCAACUGGCUGCCGGUAAACAAUGCCAAGGUUCCCGAUCCGCGUCCUGGCUCCUGUCACAACGAUUCGAGAACGCUUCCGGAUCCCACACUAAACUUCAUCAAAACGCAUUCGCUAAUGGACGAGAAUGUGCGGGCAUUUUUCAGUCAACCGAUUUUGGUCCGGACGAGCACCAUCUACCGCUUCACCCAAAUCGCUGUAGAUGCUCAAAUCAAGACUCCUGGAGGAAAGACCUAUGAUGUUAUUUUUGUGGGAACAGAUCACGGCAAGAUCAUCAAAUCAGUGAAUGCCGAAUCUGCCGAUUCCGCUGACAAAGUCACAUCCGUUGUCAUCGAGGAGAUUGAUGUGCUGACCAAGAGCGAACCCAUUCGUAACCUGGAGAUCGUUAGGACCAUGCAGUACGAUCAACCGAAAGAUGGCAGCUACGAUGAUGGCAAAUUAAUCAUUGUGACGGACAGCCAGGUGGUGGCCAUACAACUGCAUCGCUGUCACAAUGACAAAAUUACCAGCUGCAGCGAAUGCGUCGCAUUGCAGGAUCCGUACUGCGCCUGGGACAAAAUUGCUGGCAAGUGCCGCUCCCAUGGCGCUCCACGGUGGCUGGAGGAGAACUAUUUCUACCAGAAUGUGGCCACCGGCCAGCACGCAGCCUGUCCCUCGGGCAAAAUAAAUUCAAAGGAUGCCAAUGCCGGGGAGCAGAAGGGCUUCCGGAACGACAUGGAUUUGUUGGACUCACGGCGCCAGAGCAAGGAUCAGGAAAUCAUCGACAAUAUUGAUAAGAACUUUGAAGGACCCCAAAUUUCCCCAGAUAUAAUCAAUGCCCAGUAUACAGUGGAGACCCUGGUAAUGGCCGUGCUGGCGGGUUCGAUCUUCUCGCUGCUCGUCGGCUUCUUCACGGGCUACUUCUGUGGUCGACGCUGCCACAAGGACGAGGAUGAUAAUCUGCCAUAUCCGGACACGGAGUACGAGUACUUUGAGCAGCGACAAAAUGUCAAUAGCUUCCCCUCGUCAUGCCGCAUCCAGCAGGAGCCUAAGCUGCUGCCCCAGGUGGAGGAGGUGACGUAUGCAGAGCCAGUGCUGCUGCCCCAGCCGCCGCCACCGAACAAGAUGCACUCACCGAAGAAUACGCUGCGCAAGCCGCCCAUGCACCAGAUGCACCAAGGCCCCAACUCGGAGACACUCUUCCAGUUCCAGCCCGAUGGCUACAAUACCCAGCAGUCGUAUCGCGGACGCGAUAACUUUGGCACGCUGCGCUCACACCAGGUGAUGGGCGACAACUAUAGGCGCGGCGAUGGCUUUUCCACCACCCGCAGCGUCAAGAAGGCUGUAAACAACACAAACACACGUAAUAGAAGUCUUGGUCGCGCAAGAAGACAGCCGCCCCGUCAUGGCAUUGUAACUCAACACCGCUCCAAUAGCCCCCAGCAGCAGCCGCAGCAGCAACAGCAGCAGCCCCAACCGUCACACUCCAGUUCCGGCUCCUCACCCGUAAUGUCCAACAGCAGCAGCAGUCCGGCCCCGCCAUCCAGCAGCCCCAGUCCGCAGGAGAGCCCCAAGAACUGCAGCUACAUCUACCGUGAUUGA